UAUUUCCCUCGCUCUCUCAACGCAACCGCACAGCAACCACUAACGCCACCGCCUUUCUCCUCCGCCGUUGUGCAGCGGAGUUCCCGCAUAUUUCUUACUACUGCUAUUCACAUUUCCAGUUCAUAUAGCUUCUUAAAUUAAUAACCGGAUUCCGGUGGUUUUAUUUUUCUUUGGCUACUCGGCCGUAUCCUCUCUGCGCCACCGGAUUCCAGUCAGGUGUUUAGCUGAUUUGUUUCGGAUUCGACCAUGCAAUCGGAAUCCAGUUCUAUGAAGGCUUCUCCAUUCGAGUUCAUGUCGGCGAUAAUUAAGGGCCGGAUGGACCCGUCUAAUUCUUCAUUCCAAUCGACUGCCGAGGGUGCCUCGGUUAUGUUCGAGAACCGCGAGCUGGUUGCGAUCUUAACCACAUCGAUCGCCGUCAUGAUUGGCUGCUUCGUUGUUCUCGUGUGGCGAAGAUCCGGAAAUCGGAAAGUUAAGACCGUGGAGCUUCCUAAGCCGUUGAUUACGAAGGGGGUGGAGCCCGAAGUUGAAGACGGCAAGAAGAAGGUUACAAUAUUCUUCGGUACACAGACAGGCACUGCCGAAGGCUUUGCGAAGGCUCUAUCUGACGAGGCGAAAGCACGGUACGAUAAGGCCGCGUUUAGAGUUGUUGAUUUGGAUGACUAUGGGGCUGAUGACGAUGAGUACGAACAGAAAUUGAAGAACGAGUCUGUUGCCGUCUUCUUCUUAGCAACGUAUGGCGAUGGAGAGCCCACUGAUAAUGCCGCAAGAUUCUAUAAAUGGUUCACGGAGGGGAAAGAGAGAGGGGAGUGGCUGCAAAACCUCAAUUAUGCAGUCUUUGGCCUUGGCAACCGACAAUAUGAGCAUUUUAAUAAGAUUGCAAAAGUGGUAGAUGAGCUGCUUGAGACUCAGGGAGGCAAGCGCCUUGUGAAAGUUGGUCUUGGAGAUGACGAUCAGUGCAUAGAGGACGACUUGGCUGCUUGGCGAGAAUUGUUGUGGCCUGAGUUGGAUCAGUUACUUCGGGAUGAGGAUGAUGCAACAGCAGUGACCACACCUUACACAGCUGCCAUAUCAGAAUAUCGAGUUGUAUUCCAUGAUCCAGCAGGUGUAGCUGAUGAAAACAAGAACUGGAUGAAUGCAAAUGGCCACGCUGUCCAUGAUGCUCAACAUCCAUUAAGAUCUAACGUGGUUGUGAGGAAGGAGCUCCAUAUGCCUGCAUCCGAUCGCUCUUGUACUCAUCUAGAGUUCGAUAUUUCUGGGUCUGCACUCAAAUAUGAAACCGGGGAUCAUGUUGGUGUUUACUGCGAAAAUUUAACUGAGACUGUGGAUGAGGCAUUGAACUUAUUGGGUUUGUCUCCUGAAACGUAUUUCUCAAUGCAUACUGAUAACGAGGAUGGUACCCCACUAGUUGGAAACUCUUUACCACCUCCUUUUCCAUCGUGCACUCUCAGAACAGCAUUGGCUCGAUAUGCAGAUCUUUUGAAUUCACCCAAGAAGUCAGCGUUGCUUGCGUUAGCAGCGCAUGCUUCAAAUCCUGUAGAGGCUGACCGAUUAAGAUAUCUUGCAUCACCUGCUGGCAAGGAUGAGUAUUCCCUGUCUAUAGUUGGUUGUCAGAAAAGCCUGCUUGAGGUCAUGAUUGAAUUUCCUUCUGCCAAGCCACCACUUGGUGUCUUCUUUGCAGCUGUUGCACCACGCUUGCAGCCUCGAUUCUACUCCAUAUCAUCAUCUCCAUUGAUGGCUCCAUCCAGAAUUCACGUUACAUGUGCUUUAGUCUAUGACAAAAUGCCAACAGGACGCGUUCAUAAAGGAGUUUGCUCAACUUGGAUGAAGAAUUCUGUGCCCAUGGCGAAAAGCGAUGAAUGCAGUUGGGCUCCAAUUUUCGUGAGGCAAUCAAACUUCAAGCUUCCUGCAGAUAGUAAAGUGCCUAUUAUCAUGGUUGGUCCUGGAACUGGAUUGGCUCCUUUCAGAGGUUUCUUACAGGAAAGAUUAGCUUUGAAAGAAUCUGGAGUACAAUUGGGGUCUUCCAUAUUGUUCUUUGGAUGCAGAAACCGUGGAAUGGAUUAUAUAUACGAGGAUGAGUUAAACAACUAUCUUGAGACUGGUGCUCUCUCCGAGUUGGUUAUUGCCUUCUCACGUGAAGGGCCAACAAAGGAAUAUGUGCAGCAUAAAAUGGCAGAGAAGGCUUCAGACAUCUGGAAUUUGAUAUCACAAGGUGCUUAUUUAUAUGUAUGUGGUGAUGCAAAGGGCAUGGCCAGGGAUGUCCACCGAACUCUCCAUACUAUCGUGCAAGAGCAGGGAUCUCUUGACAGCUCAAAAGCUGAAAGCAUGGUGAAGAAUCUGCAAAUGGGCGGAAGGUAUCUGCGGGAUGUGUGGUGAUUACUCCUCACCCAUGUGACCUCCAGAGGCAUAUUGCGGAAUAUUUAAUAAAAAGUAAAUCUGGUUGAAUGAAUGAAUGAAUGAAUGAAUUAUUGAGUCCCUUUGUCAACCUCCCUCUAAGAUGGGACACUCUUCUCAGCAUGGCCAGAGGUUAUGAUGAUAUUCUCUCCUUUUCUGUCUCCCAUUUGGAUCUACAGCUAAAUAUGAAGUAUUCUUUUGUUCGUAUAAUUUAUUCAAUACAGCAGAUGUAGUCAUUAGUUAGAGCUCUCGCUUCUGUUAGUGUUCUUGGACCGACCGACCAACCAACCAACCAACAAGAUGGUUCAAGACUUCAAAUUCAUAUAUACUUUGCUGUAAUAUUAAACGGAUGGAUGAAAUAAUUGAGAAUUUUUGUGUUCAUAAUUGCUUCUGUUUCAUCUCU